UUAUUUGUAUUAAUGGAUUAUCUGUUAAUCAUUUUCCCCAUUGUUUUUGUUGCUGCGAUUAACUGUGCCCAAGGCAAUGGCGAUGAUCCAUUUUAUAGAAACUACUAUCAAACAUGGGGAGGUAGCCAUCUCACAGUUUACAAUCAAGGACAUGAAGUUCAACUUCUAAUGGACUCUUCUUCAGGAGCUGGAUUCAGUUCGAAAAGAGACUUUGGAUCAGGCUAUUUUCGCAUGAAGAUCAAGAUACCAGAGAAAAACAGUAAAGGGCUUAUCACAUCAUUUUAUUUAAUUUCAGUUCCAGUAGGACAACCAGUAGAAGGUGUGAAGCAUUAUGAGUUUGACAUUGAGUUUUAUGGAACUGAUGGUAAUCCUCAUAUCAUAAGCACCAAUGCCUUUGCAAAUGAUCUGGGAAACAGGGAGCAACAAUUUCAUCUUUGGUUUGAUCCUACCAAGGGUUUUCACACUUAUGAGAUCCUUUGGAACCAACACCAAAUUGUGUGGUUUGUGGAUGACACUCCAAUUAGGGUGUGGAAGAACAAUACACAACUAGGAGUAGGAUUCCCAACAGGACCAUUGCAUGUGGAGGCAAGCAUUUGGAAUCCAAGCUAUCUUGGGACACCAGAUUGGUAUCAAGGGCCAUUCAAGGCUCACUAUAGAGAGUUUGGCAUUGAUGGAUGCAAUCACCAAAGUUCCAAGCAGGACCUGUGUUCCUCUCAAUCUUAUUAUUGGAAUCAAAACAAGUAUUGGCAACUAGACCCUAAGCAACAAGGCAAAUUACAAAAUGCAAGAAAAAAUUAUAUGUAUAAAGAUUAUUGCAAGGACUCAAACAGGCAUGGCCCAGAAUGCCAAGUUAAUCAAUAGAAAAUGAAGUUCCAUUUUUGCUC